GGCGGCCAUUUUGUAAAUGCUGCACUCGGGCCAUGGCGGAGAUGGAUGACGGCGACGAGCCUGGGUUAGUGCACGCGCAUAGCGGUUCAUCGUCUUCAUCCAAGUCGGGGGGAGAUAAAAUGUUUUCUCUUAAGAAGUGGAAUGCAGUGGCAAUGUGGAGCUGGGAUGUCGAGUGUGAUACCUGCGCCAUCUGUAGGGUUCAAGUCAUGGAUGCGUGUUUAAGGUGUCAGGCAGAAAACAAGCAGGAGGACUGUGUUGUUGUAUGGGGAGAGUGCAACCACUCCUUCCAUAACUGCUGCAUGUCUCUGUGGGUGAAACAAAACAACCGAUGUCCACUAUGCCAACAAGACUGGGUCGUACAGAGGAUUGGCAAGUGAGGACGUCCUCACACAUCCACCAUGUUCUUCAUCCACUGUGGCCCCGUCUGGCUCUAGGACACAGGACUGAAUCUUCAGCUGCCCAACAUAACUCCAGUGUGUAUGUUUGUGACUGUAAAAUGGAGUGUGUGAACUUUACCAGAACUGGCACUGGCUGCUUGUACUCUGCCUCUCAGUCCUGCAGUAAAAUGCAUGAGACUGAAGCACUAUACAGUCUCACUGCAGUAUCUGAAUGGUGCUGUGAAUGUGUUUAAAGUAUGUUAGAAUAAAAGUAAAAUAUUAAA